UACUUACUUUCUAUUGAAAACAAAAAAAAUGUCAGGUCGAGGGAAAGGUGGAAAAGGACUUGGUAAGGGAGGUGCCAAGCGUCAUCGCAAAGUUCUCCGUGAUAACAUCCAAGGGAUAACUAAGCCAGCGAUCCGUCGUUUAGCUCGCCGUGGAGGAGUCAAGCGUAUAUCUGGCCUUAUCUACGAGGAGACUCGCGGAGUGCUGAAGGUGUUUUUGGAGAACGUUAUCCGCGAUGCCGUCACCUACACCGAGCAUGCCAAGAGAAAGACCGUCACCGCUAUGGAUGUAGUUUAUGCUCUGAAGCGUCAGGGUCGCACUCUGUACGGCUUUGGUGGAUAAAUCUUCCUCUUCAUUUCUUUGCUGAAUUACCCAAAAGCUCUUUUUAGAGCUACC